GAAGAAUAUCCAAACCAUCGGCAGGAACAACAACCAUUGCAUCUUCAACGCUCUCCUUGUCUCUCUUCGUCGCUCUCUUCAACCUGUAUCUGUAUCCUCGAAUUGGGACCUGGCAACGGUCAAUUUCUCGGUCUGGGUAGAACAAAAAGAUGUCUUUCCCACUGCUUAGUCGCAGCGUUCGCAGUGCCAGUCAACAUAUCCUCCGCUCGUCCUCCCAGCUCUCAGUAAGAUGGAGUACGUCGAUAUCACAACGGCCCGGGUCGGACAGUGUUCGAUUUCCCGGAGCCAUAAAUAGCAAGUUCACGACGGAUAUGUCAUUCAUAACCCCCUCAGAGCACACUGCCAUCCCGACAUAUCGAGUAAUGGACUCCGAUGGAAUGAUUGUGGAUAAGAGUCGAGGGGCGCCAGAUGUUACGGCUGAAGAAGUUAUUUCGUGGUAUAAGAAUAUGUUGACUGUGAGCAUUAUGGAUGUAAUCAUGUUUGACGCGCAAAGACAAGGUCGAUUGAGCUUCUACAUGGUUUCCGCGGGUGAGGAAGGAAUAGCCGUUGGAUCUGCAGCUGCUCUGAUUCCCGAAGAUGUAAUUUUUGCCCAAUAUAGAGAGACUGGGGUUUUCCAGCAACGUGGGUUUACACUCAAAGAUUUCAUGAGCCAGUUAUUUGCAAACCGCAAUGAUUCUGGAAGGGGACGAAACAUGCCGGUUCAUUACGGCAGCUCUAAAAUUAACACUUAUACCAUAUCGUCCCCGCUGGCCACACAAAUUCCCCAAGCGGCUGGUGCCGCAUACGCUCUGAAGCUUCAGUCAUUACAGAAUCCUAACAUCCCACAAAGGGUAGUUGCCUGCUACUUUGGUGAAGGUGCCGCCAGCGAAGGUGACUUCCAUGCCGCCCUCAACAUCGCAGCUACACGCUCGUGCCCUGUUGUUUUCAUCUGCCGAAACAACGGCUACGCCAUCUCCACUCCAACCCUGGAGCAAUAUCGCGGCGACGGCAUCGCCAGCCGAGGAGUCGGAUACGGCAUCGACACGAUCCGCGUCGACGGCAACGACAUCUUCGCCGUUCACGAAGUGACCAAAGAAGCCCGCCGAAUGGCCUUAGAAAAUGGUGGACGACCAGUCCUCAUCGAAGCCAUGAGCUAUCGCGUCUCCCACCACAGCACUAGCGACGACAGCUUUGCGUAUCGUGCCCGCGUUGAAGUUGAGGACUGGAAACGGCGUGAUAACCCCAUCACACGGCUGCGGAAAUGGAUGGAGGGCGAGGGGAUCUGGAAUGAAGACCUUGAGCGUGACACGCGGGACGAGUUGCGGAAGGCUGUUCUUCGUGAAUUUUCGGCAGCGGAGAAGGAGAAGAAGCCACCGCUCCGCGAGAUGUUUAAUGAUGUCUUUGAAAAGAUGCCGGAGUCGACGGUGAGGCAGAAGGAGGAAUUGAAGCGUAUUCUGGAGGCGUACCCGGCUGAAUAUGACCUUCGUGAAUUUGAAGAUGGGAUUAAAGGCCUGUGAUUUUGUGGGGCUGAAAUGGCUAGAAUCGAACUUUUAGAUCGUGGUGACGCCGCUGGCGAUGCGACCUGUAUUGUGGAUUAAGCCCUGCUUUCUGUUCCACGUUCCUUUGCCGGCGGCACAGGGCUGAGAAACGUUGGGAACGAGGCUCAGUGUCAUUCCUACUAGCUGCCGUGUUCCGUUGCGGAUCAACCCGAGGGGAAUGGGAGUUCUCCAUAGGAGUAUAGACCGACCUUUGUUUUCAUGUACUGUACAUGUACAUGUACCUACAUCUCAUACUAAUAUUACAUUAUUAAGUAUCUAGUGAUUCGAUACUUUAUGCAUAUAUAACCCUUUUCUACUAGGUACUCAACUGUAGUUUUCUGCAUCUAUGGAGUACGCAAACCAAAGUCAUUUGAUGGGCACCAAAACUAACAAAGAUACAUCAACCACCCCACCGCCUUCCCAUUCAUCGCAAUCAACCCUGUAACUUAAGUUACUCAUCUGCCAUGUGGAAGAUUCAAAAACAGCAGACAGACAACAAGUAUUCACAGAAGUUUCAUUUGUUUACCAACCAACCAAUUAAUCCACGAAAUUAAUAUUAAUUAUAAUUUGUACG